CAGAAUUUUGUAGGUGAAAUUAUACUAUUCCUAUUUUCCCCUUCAAUUACUCUCUGCAUUCUGAUUUGGAUAGACUCUCUCUCUCUCUCUCUCUCUCUCUAAACUGAGCUGAAAUGGAGCAAAGUGAUGAAAUCUCGGUGCGGUCCAGCAAUCUCUCGCGCAAAAUCAUAGCAAUUUCAGCUGGAGAAGCGCACACUCUCGCUCUAACUGGUGAUGGAAAGGUGUAUACUUGGGGGAGAGGGACAUUCGGCCGGCUCGGCACUGGUUCGGAGGAAGACCGGAGCAUGCCGGUUCAGGUCAGAUUCUUUGGCUCCGAUGAUGAAAGGGAGGAGAAGCUCAAGAUUGUUGAAAUUGCUGCUGGGGCCUAUCACAGUCUUGCUCUUGCAGAUGAUGGAUCAGUGUGGGGGUGGGGUUAUGGCUCCUAUGGCCAAAUUGGUGCUACUGGAGAGAACUAUAUGGUUCCUCGCUUAUUAGACGGUUUCUUUGGACUGGGGUCCCCUAGUUCUUCGUUGCAAGAUUAUGAAACUAAGAGAGGGAAACCACUUAAGAUUUCGUCGGUCAAAGCUGGAGGCAUGAUGUCACUGGCAAUAGACGAUAUUGGGUCGCUGUGGAUGUGGGGGAACUGUCCCCAUCCUCCAAAAACCGGAUUAUCGGAAGGAGAGCUUGAACUUGAAAGUAGCCCGGCGCCAGUUCCGGUCUGGGAUUUCCAUGGACACACUGUUGUUAAGGUGGCAUGUGGCGACGAGCACGUUGUUGCAUUGGUGAGUGCUGGAGAAGCAUAUGAAGGCGGUGACCUGUUGUGCUACUCUUGGGGGGUUAACAGCCACGGCCAAUUAGGGUUGGGAGACACGGAAAGCAGGUGGCAACCGGCGAUGGUAGAAACGUUCAACUUAGAAUCCCCGUGGGAGGUCUACGAUAUAGCUUGUGGUAAGUCGCAUACGGCUCUACUGGCUCAGAGGAAGAGACCGAGUGACACUUUAGAAAGUGUUUGCUGGACUUUCGGCUUGGGGGACAAUGGGCAGCUUGGUCACGGAACCGCCCAAGAUUUGACGUCCCCUGAAAUCGUAAAGGGAUUGCCAGAAAGUGUAUUCCUGGUAUCGGUAGAUUGUGGCUUGUUCCACACGAGUGUCGUCUCGUCUGUUGGAGAGGUGUGGUCUUGGGGAAUGGAGAAGGGUUUUGGUCUAUGUCCUGAUGCUAGGUAUUUUGGGACGGAGGCGGGAGAUGCUCUUUCUCCUUUAUUGGUUCCUUGUAAUGGGCUAUACGACCCCCAAUUCCCGGAGCCUCUGCAGGUCGCGUGCGGUGCGGCCCACACGGUUCUUGUUGCGGACUCCGGGUAUAAGCUCUGGGCGUGGGGUAGGGGACGGAGUGGAGUCCUUGGAAAUGGUAAGAACGUCGAUUGCUACGUCCCCACCUUAGCACUAUGGCCACUUCUUUCUGAGGAUUUCAAAGAAGGCGAAGCAAGCAAUGUGGAGCAAACUGAGCGUGUCGAAAAUAAGACUCCUGAAGGAAGUGCGCAAGCAGAUAAAAGACUGUCUGAGGCAAUGGCUGAGAUGCAGCUCCUCCAAUCAAAACUUUCCUUAGUGGAAAGAUACGCAAGCAUGCUUCACGGCUCGAUUUUCGGGAGGCCUCUCCAAGACCACGAAAUAGCCUCUCUCCAGGAGACCAGUAAAUUUGAUAUUGCAAAAGAGUGGGAGGCUAUGUUGGAAUCAUCGGAUCAGAGAAAACUUGCACACCUAGAAAUGUUCUACCGUAACAUGCUUGCUGGUGUAAAAGAUAAGCUGAUGAAGAAAAGGAUACAAGAGAUCGUCAAGGAGUGCCUUAAAUCACCGGCUACCACCCGUACUGAAUAAAUGGAGCCGCGAUUUGCAAAUAGUGGGUCGACUAUAUGAUCCCACAGAUGCCGACGGGUCAGUUUAUUAUGUUCCAUGUAUUUUUGUGUGUAGCAUACCUUCGAAGUCAAGUUUGUUUUCACAUGCUUGAUUAGAUUUCAUGUUGUCAUUUCGUGUAUUCGAUCAAUAGAGGCUUUGCAUUCAUGUACAAAAAGCUAUAGUCAAACAGAUUCUGAUUGUUACUAGUUUGUAGUCCCCGUAUUCCCGUGGUUCAUUGUCCAGCAAUUCUACAUUAAAUUGAAUAAGAACGUUUCUCUUUUACUUGUA